AUGACCACCACAACAUCGACAUCGAAUAUGCCACGACAUACACUACGACAGACGGACUUUCUUCCAUCCCGGUUUUCUGGCGAUCGGCUAGAUAGGGACGACUCGACUGCACAUUUUCUGACAUUUGAUGAUUACCUGGACGCACACAAUAUAGACUCAACUGACCCCGCCCAAUUUCAGACAAUACUCCGAUCUUUCCGUCGCACAUUGCAGGGACAGGCUAGACUAUGGAUAGACGGACUGACUUUUAAUUCAUAUGACGACUUAAAAGACGGGUUUGUAAGGAGGUUUAGCCCAGCUAAGUCUUCAUACAGCCAUGUUAGGGACUUUAACACAAUGACGAUGACUGAUGGGGAGAGCGCAGAGGCGUAUCUCCAGCGACUUCGACAGACUGCGUCUUACAUCAAUUAUGGCGAGGCACAGAUUAAACACAGAUUGCUUGAUUCUCUGCCUAAUGAAUGCCGCGCUACAAUAUUGAUGUCUGCCUCAGCCUCUGACAUAACUUCUGACGAAAUAGCAGCUAAGGCGCAGCUAUUUCUUGACUUAAGAAAGGACUCGACUCCACAGACAAAAGAGCUGACCUUCUCUGCCCAAGCAGAAAUUGAUCUUCUCAGAGAGGAGAUAAAUUCAAUGAAAAUAACCGACACCCCCAAUAAUGACAGAGACCGUGGGAGAGCUCCUAAUCGACGAUCUCCGACACCACGACGAAACAACCUUAAUAGGAGUAGCGACCGUAGUUUUUCCCAACGACGACAAGACCGAAGUCGUGAUCGGUAUCGUGACUAUCAGUAUCAUGAUACUAGACGCGGUAAGAGCCCAUACCGCCAUAACCGUGACUUUACUGACCGUCGACCCAGACUGACAUGUGACUAUUGUCGCAUUCCAGGACAUGUCUGGCGGGAAUGUCGACGACGACUUAGGGACAUGGAGACACAGCCACGACGUGACUAUGGACAGCGACAACAAUACUACGGACAACGGACGGGCUACGGCCAACAGCAACAGGAUUUUUAA